AUGCAAUUGCCUAGACUCAAGAGUGAUGAUCUCUAAUUGUAAUUUCAAGACACCCAUAACAUAAGUGAUGAUCAGCAAUCCCUAUUGGCUCAAUCCACGAUCCAAUUUACUCAGAAACCCCGUGUUAUUCAGAGUGUGAUCACUGGCUAGUACCAAGCCUAAGAUGAUGAUUCCCUUGAUUAUGCGCAAUUUAUGACCAAAUCCUAUACGCAGCAAUCAGACUAAAAAUAAUAACAACUCGAGGAUUAUCUCCUCUUAUAGAAAAUUGCUAAUUCUACUUUCGAACAAAACCCACAACCAUAUGAGGAUGAAUUCGUUAAGCAAAUUAAUGGAGCAUUGGUUCAAUUUUGUAUUUCCUCUCCUGCAACCAGGAAAUUGUUUGCAAAUCAAGAGAAGGUCAAAUCCAGAAACACACUAGCCUUGAAUGCAAACAAAAUCUGGUUGGAAAAUCAAUCGGAGUGUUUUCAUUGUAUGUUUGACACAAAAACCUUGAGAAUCCUAAUUUAAUGCGAAUCUACUAAAAUCCCAAGAGUGGAAUUAUUGAGUUAAUUUCAUUGCAAUGAUCUGAGUGAGUUUGUUCGUAUCUUCUGUAAAUUGCCAGAAGUGAGAGAUGCCAUGUUGAGUUCAUAUAGUUUAAAAGAGACUUCCUAACCAGAUAAAUACGGCAUCAACUCUGGGUAUUCAGAAGUGGUCACUGCAUUAACUGAUUACAUGAAAUCUAUUGAAAUCAAUGGUCUCCCCAGCACAGCACUCAUCGACGACAUUGUGGAGAGGUAUCUCACCAGAUUGAUCUAUGAGAAAUUAUACCCCAAAGAACCAACUGCUAGAGAUAUCGAAUUAAACAUACGAUUCAAAACUCUAGAAUGGAUUACCGAUGAACAUCUAAGUAUCAAAAUCAAAUCCAAAAUCGAUUAACAAUUCGAAUGUGCUGCUUAAAUGAUCAAUCAAAUUGACAUGAAAAAGAACUCAGUUGAUAAAUUGGAUUGCAUCCUGAAGGCCACUCAACUCAUUACUGAUACCAUUUCCUAGAUCAAUUAAGAGGCAGCCUCGGCAGAUGCUGUGUUCCCAGCCUUCAUCAGAGUGCUGAUCCUCGCCUAGUCAACCAGAUUGCAAAGCAAUAUCAAAACUAUUCAUCAAUAAAUCGAGGAUGAUGAGUCAUGCUGGUCAGCCAUUGUGUGGAUUGAAAAUGUAAAUUACGAAUAAUUGAAAAUGGAUCCAAAUCAAUUCAACCGACUGCAACAAGAAAAGAAUGUGAAGUAUGGAAUGUGCAAACGAAGAGAUAGAAAGAAAAGAAUUCUUUUAUUUUGA